AUGUCUGUCGACCAAGCACUCGACCAAUAUAAGGCCUUUGGGAAUGAUAUAUUUGGGAAGCCAAGAUGGUGGCAUGAGCGCUCACUGUUUUGGUUUCCUCGAGCUAAAUAUUCAAGCCGCAAAACAAGAGAGGCAUUUCAGAAGGUCGUGCUCGAAAGGCUUCAACAGGGCGAGCACGCAGCAGUGACUGAAUCCUUUGAAGACAGAGAAGAUCGGACCAGGACAAUGGUUAUAUCUUGGAGCGUCAAGAAGGGAACUGACAAUAACGGCAAGAAGGGAACUGUCAAUAGCGGCAAGAAGGGAACUGUCAGUAGCGGCUAUAUUUGGAGAAGCUACCAGUUCAAAUCCAAGCUCCGGAGCCAAGGGCCUAAUGGUUGGAGGCCUUGGAACCCUGGGGAUAAAUUCGUACCAAUCUGGCAGGUUGCUCGCGCCACAACUGCUGCACCACGGUAUUUUGAGUCAAUCAAGAUUGACGAUCGGAAAUUCUGGGACGGAGGGAUGGUAGCCAAUAACCCCUCCCUAGUCGCACUGCGGGAAAUCCAUGGCCUUCACGAAACGGUGCCUUCUAUCUUUGUAAGCCUUGGGACAGGCCUAAAACAGGCCACCGAGCAGAGUCAAACCGCACGGAAUCAUGCGUCAGAGGAUGUCAGGCCGGCUCUAAGACGCGCUCUGACAAUUGAUAACGUCUGGCGCAAGCAGGGAUUCAAGAAGUACUCGGAAAUUGGACGGUACUGGAGUAAGCAUAUGACAGAUUGUGAGGGGGAUGAUGGGACGAAUGGAUGGAAUAGCCAUUCUGAUGCAAUUGGACUGAAGAAACGAUAUCGACUCAAUGUGGAAAACAACCUGGCGAAUAUCUCGCUUGACGAGUGGCGGCCAGCAAAAUCUGGAGAGGAAACCCUGCGAUCGAUCCAAGAGCUGACUGAAACCUACCUUUCUCAGGCAGAUACCAUCAACAUGAUCGAGGAUAUUGCAAAAGAAGUCGUCAAGAUUCGACGAAAUCGAGCAAUGACAGAGCGGUGGGAGUCAUUCGCAAUGGAUCUGAGCUAUACUUGUCCCAUCUGUGAAUCAAGGGCACCGGAUGCGAACCGACAGGCCCUGCGAGCGCAUCUUGAAGAAAGUAGCCGGCACACUGGUCCUGGUGGCACGCAGCUGGACCCCGAGGUGGUGGAAGCUAUGCUAAAUGAAGGGCGUGGCAGAAGAGGCACCCCGAGCUGA